UCCAGCACCAAGAAUUCCGACCCGACCACGUGAACCAUAAAUAAUUCCAAAACAACUUUAUCCUCGAAAACCCAAUUUUCAAAUCUGGCUGAAUUUGCAGCUCCUGCUCUUAUUAAAUCACACCAGUCCAGACUCCAGACUCCACCAACCUCAAAUGCACCACCCCAAAACACUAACAAUGAUAAGUAACUACCACACCCCAGACCUCUCCCCAAACCAAUGUGGCUCAAACCUGGUCCAGAUCAUAUCCUCCCCACUUCCUCCAGUUUGGUCCAGGGUACGCAGCUUCAAUAACCCACAAGCCUACAAGCAAUUCAUCAAGAGCUGUGAAAUGUGCAGCGGCAACGGAGGCGUAGGAAGCGUGAGAGAAGUGGUGGUUGUGUCGGGAUUACCAGCGGAAACUAGCAUAGAAAGGCUUGACAGGCUUGAUGAUGGGUUGCAUGUUAUGGUGGUUAGCAUUAUUGGGGGUGAUCACCGCCUUGUGAAUUACAGAGCAACCACUACUUUACAUGAGAUUGAAGAGAGUGGUGGUGGAAAGACGGUGGUGAUUGAGUCGUAUGUGGUGGAUGUUCCUUCUGAUAGUUGUAAGGAAGAUACUUGCACUUUUGCUAAUACUAUAAUUGGGUGCAACCUUCGAUCACUGGCUAGGAUUGCAGAAAAGAUGGCUCAAGCUCAAUCGCUUUGAUUCCUAAAGUGGUCCAAGUCACAACUCACAAGUGGGUUUUAGAUUAGCCUGGCGUGUGUAUUUGUGUCUUGUUACAUGUCAAACGCUAAUGUGUAAUAUGAUGCAAUGUACAAUAAUCCUAUCUUGUAUAAAACAA